UCGUCAUGGGAAUUAAAACAAUCUUGAUUUUAGUUGUAAUAGCACGUACAUGCACUGCCACCUUGAAAGACAGAUCUCUAGGCAGUUUUGGUAUUAUAAAAGACUGUAAUUCUACUUUGGACCAAGCAAAGAUCAACUAUUCCUCACUGUCCAUCUCAAACGAGACUGUUGACUUCCUUAAAGGCCCAAUGGUCACACGCCUCAUGCCCUCGUUCUACAUCUUCAUCAUCCUCAUUAGUUUGCCCCUGAAUGGUUUGGCGAUGGUAACGUUCACCUAUAGGAUCCGAGAGAAGAAACCAGCUGUGAUCUACAUGUCUUACCUGGCGUGUGUGGACCUGCUCUUCACCCUGCUGCUGCCUCUGAAGAUCCACUACCAGCUGAACGCUUCAAAUUGGGUGUUUGGUGAGGCGGUGUGUCGUGUGCUCAGUGCAGCUUACUACUGCUACAUGUACUGCUCCAUACUGCUGAUGAUGUGCAUGAGUGUGGACAGGCUGCUGGCUGUGGCAUUUCCUAUCGCCUCUCUGACCUGGAGGAGCACAAGGAAAGCAACACUCAUAUGCACAUUAACUUGGCUGCUGGCAGUCACUGGUACGGUACCACUUCUCUCAAUGAGACAAACAUUUAAGAUUAAGGAUAUGGGUGUCACUUGCCAUGAUGCACUGAUCCAUGCUGACCCUACAGAUCAGCAAUACAUGUACCAGUUCUCCAUCCUCUCCUGUGUCUACUACUUUAUGCCACUCAUCAUCACCUUCGUGAGCUACUCCACCAUCAUAUAUGUGCUCCAUGUAAAGUCUAAUCUCUUAGCUACAUCAUCCUCAUCUUCAGACAACCGAAGGAGGGCAGUGAUUAUGGCUAUCGCUGUGCACUUCUUCGCCUCAGAAGACAACUCUCACUGCCCAACAUACUUUUUGAUACAGCGAAAUGCUCUGGCCCACAACUGGCCCAGUGUUCGCCUUUAUGCUUUCCCCCCAAUCGCCCUGAUUCCUCAGGUCGUCAGGCGGUACAGGGAGACCAAGUGCUCACUCCUCCUAGUGGCCCCGUCUCUGGAGAAACCAAGCCUGGUUCGGCCAAAUUGUGGCCCCUAUCGCUUAAAACGGCCCUCCUCCUAG